CUUUCCUCUGCUCGCCUGCGGCCCCGACGCUGCCUCCUUCCCCGGCUCUUUCCGGGGCCCGAGGCGGAGGGCAGGGGCCAGCCUGGCCACCGGACGCCGGUCCCCACGAGGCUGCGGGAAGUGCUGACCCAAGAUGGCGGCGUUCAGGCCGGGUGACCACGUGUGGCUGGACCUUCCCUCCAUCAACAAGACCAGUGUGGCCAUUGGGGGCAUUGUCAAGGAAACACAGCCGGGCAAGGUCUUGGUUGAGGAUGAUGAAGGCAAGGAACACUGGAUCCGAGCAGAGGAUCUCGGGGCCCUCAGCCCCAUGCACCCCAACUCGGUCCAGGGUGUGGACGACAUGAUCCGCCUCGGGGACCUGCAUGAGGCAGGUGUGGUACACAACCUCCUGAUCCGCUACCAGCAGCACCAGAUCUACACGUACACGGGCUCCAUCCUGGUGGCCGUGAACCCGUUCCAGACGCUGCCGCUCUACACCCCCGAGCACGUGCAGCUGUACUACGGCCGCCACGUGGGCGAGCUGCCUCCGCACGUCUUCGCCAUCGCCAACAGCUGCUACUUCAGCAUGAAGAAGAACAAGAGGGACCAGUGCUGUGUUAUCAGUGGGGAGUCUGGGGCCGGGAAGACAGAGACCACCAAGCUCAUCCUUCAGUUCCUGGCCACCGUCAGUGGCCAGCACUCGUGGAUCGAGCAGCAGGUCCUGGAGGCCAACCCCAUCCUGGAAGCCUUCGGCAAUGCCAAGACCAUCCGUAAUGACAACUCUAGCCGUUUCGGGAAGUACAUUGACAUCUACUUCAACCCCAGCGGCGUGAUCGAGGGUGCGCGCAUCGAGCACUUCCUCCUGGAGAAGUCCCGAGUCUGCCGGCAGGCGGCAGAGGAGAGGAACUACCACAUCUUCUACUGCAUGCUGAUGGGGAUGAGCCCGGAGGAGAAGAAGCUGCUGGGCCUGGCGACUCCUUCUGAGUACCACUACCUGACCACGGGGAACUGCACGCCCCACGAGGGACUCAAUGACGCCAAGGAUUACGCCCACGUUCGCUCGGCCAUGAAGAUUCUUUUGUUCUCCGACUCUGAGAACUGGGACAUCAGCAAGCUGCUGGCAGCCAUCCUCCACCUGGGGAACGUGGAGUUUAUGGCUGCCGUCUUUGAAAACCUGGAUUCCUCUGAUGUGAUGGAGAGCCCAGCCUUUCCCUGCGCCAUGAAGUUGCUGGAGGUGCAGCACCAGGCGCUCCGGGACUGUCUGGUUAAGCACACCAUCCCCAUCCGAGGGGAGUAUGUCUCCAGGCCCCUGAACAUCGCACAGGCUGCAGACCGGAGGGACGCCUUUGUCAAGGGCAUCUACGGACACCUCUUCCUGUGGAUCAUCAAGAAGAUCAAUGCGGCGAUCUUCACGCCGCCAGCCCAGGACCCCAAAAAUGUCCGGAGGGCCAUCGGACUCCUGGACAUAUUUGGCUUUGAAAACUUCCAGAACAAUAGCUUCGAACAACUGUGCAUCAACUUUGCCAACGAGCACCUGCAACAGUUCUUUGUACAACACGUGUUCACCAUGGAGCAGGAGGAGUACAUGUCAGAGAACAUUGCCUGGGACUACAUUCACUACACUGACAACCGGCCCACCUUGGACCUGCUGGCCUUCAAACCCAUGAGCAUCAUCUCCCUCCUGGAUGAGGAGAGCCGCUUUCCGCAGGGGACAGAUAUCACGAUGCUGCAAAAGCUGAACAGCGUCCAUGCCAACAACAAGGCCUUCCUCAAACCCAAGAACAUCCACGACGCCCACUUUGGCAUUGCACAUUUUGUGGGAGAGGUGUACUACCAGACGGAAGGCUUCCUGGAGAAGAAUCGAGACAUGCUGAGCACUGACAUACUCACCCUGGUUCGCUCCUCCAAAAACAAGUUCUUGAAGGAGAUAUUCAACCUGGAGUCCCCACAGGCCAAGCUGGGACAUGGCACCAUCCGCCUGACAACAGAAAUGAAGCAACUUUUCAAGCAGCCCUCAGACACCACCAAGCGGCCCCCCACCCUGGCUGGCCAGUUCAAGCAGUCCCUGGAGCAGCUGAUGAAAAUCCUGACCCACUGCCAGCCCUACUUUGUCCGCUGCAUUAAACCCAACGAAUACAAGAAGCCGCUGCUCUUUGACCGGGAGCUGUGCACACUGCAGCUGCGCUACUCUGGCAUGAUGGAGACCGUGCGGAUCCGCAAGUCAGGCUUCCCCGUGCGCUACACAUUCGAGGAAUUCUCGCAGAGGUUCGGCAUGUUGCUGCGCAGCCCUGAGCGCAUGCAGCUUCGAGACAAGUCCCGGCAGAUGAGCCUGCGCAUUGCUGAUGUGUGCCUGGGGACAGACAAGGACUGGAAAGUGGGAAGAACCAAAAUGUUCCUGAAGGACCAUCAGGACACUCUGCUGGAGAUUCAGAGGAGCCAGGCCCUGAAUGGAGCAGCAGUCUGUAUCCAGAGACUACUUCGGGGCUACAAAUACAGGAAGGAGUUCCUGAGGCAGAGACAGGCGGCUGUGACGCUCCAGGCUGGCUGGCGAGGCUACUGCCACAGAAAGAACUUUGAGCUGAUCCUGGUGGGCUUCCAGCGCCUGCAGGCCAUUGCCCGGAGCCUCGCGCUGGCCAGGCAGUUCCAGGCCCUGCGGCACAGGGUGGUGCGGCUGCAGGCCCGCUGCAGGGGCUACCUGGUGCGCCAGCACGUCCAGACCAAGAAGAAGGCUGUGGUGACCAUCCAGGCGCUUGCCAGGGGCAUGGCUGUCCGGCGGGGCAUCAACAAGCAGAAAGUCAAUGACUCUCUAGUCAUCCCGGCCAAGGAGCAGAAGGCUGUUCCUGAAAGGAAGCGCCAGUCCAUCUACGACACCAUCACUGACACGGAGAUGGUAGAAAAAGUGUUUGGCUUCCUCCCGUCCAUGAUCGGGGGCCAGGAGGGCGCAGCCCCAACACGCUUUGAGGAUUUGGAAACAAAUACCCCAAGACUUCCAGAGAUUGACCUGGACACAGUCCCCAUGGUGGAGGGACCAGAGGAGGAAGUGGAUGAGCUGAACGAGUACACCUUCCCCAAGUUUGCUAUGACUUACUUCCAGAAAUCGGCCAGCCACACCCACACCCAGAAGCUCCUUAGAUACCCGCUGCUCUAUCACGAGAAUGACACCGACCACUCGGCUGCCCUGGCCGUGUGGACCAUCAUCCUGAGAUUCAUGGGUGACCUUCCGGAGCCAGUCCUCUAUGCCAGGAACAGCCUGGGUGGCGGCUCGGUGAUGCGGCAGAUCCACGACAGGCUGGGCAAUGAGAGCAGGACCCAGGCUCCCCAGCAUCAGGGCCCUCCACAGAGACUGAGUCGCAAGGACAGAGGCACCAAGGACAUCUCCUCCAUGAAGCUGAAGAGGUCUUCAAGGACCACCGGCCAGGUGGCCAGCCAGCUGAGCAACAUUGGCGAGGAGGCAUUUGAACCCGAUGGCCCCAUCUCAGACCGCCCCAUGACCAACCUGGAGAAGGUGCAUUUCAUCGUGGGCUAUGCGAUCCUUCGGCCCGGUCUCAGGGAUGAGAUUUACUGCCAGAUCUGCAAGCAGCUGUCGGAGAACUUCAAGAAGAGCAGCCUGGCCCGGGGCUGGAUCCUGCUCAGCCUCUGCCUGGGCUGCUUCCCGCCUUCAGAGAGGUUCAUGAAGUACCUGCUGAACUUCAUUAGUCAAGGACCUGCUGGCUACGGGCCCUUCUGCGCCGAACGCCUGAGACGCACCUAUGCCAACGGGGUGCGCACAGAGCCCCCCACGUGGUUGGAGCUGCAGGCUGUCAAAUCCAAGAAGCACGUCCCAAUCCAAGUCAUCCUGGCAACUGGAGAGAGCCUGACAGUCACCGUGGACUCGGCCUCCACGUCACAGGAAAUCUGUAUGCACAUCGCCCAGAAGCGGGGCCUCAGCGACCACCUGGGCUUCUCCCUCCAGGUUGCCGUGUACGACAAGUUCUGGUCCCUGGGCAGUGGCCGUGACCACGUGAUGGACGCUGUAGCCCAAUGUGAGCAGCUGGCCCAUGAGAGAGGGGAGAGCCAGCGCCAGUCACCCUGGCGCAUCUACUUCCGGAAGGAGUUCUUCACGCCCUGGCACGACUCCCAGGAGGACGCUGUCAGCACCGAGCUCAUUUACCGCCAGAUCCUCCACGGAGUCUGGUCUGGAGAGUACCGCUUCGAGAAGGAGGAGCAGUUGGUGGAGCUCUUGGCCCGGCACUGCUACGUACGGUUUGGGGCCACGUUGAGGAGCGAGGCUGUCCAGGAGCUGCUGCCCAGCUGCGUGCCCUCUAAGCUGUACAAGACCAACUCCCCAGAGAAGUGGGCUAGCCUCGUCAUCGCCACCCAUGCAAAGGCGCCGUACACCCAGCAGCGAGCCGCAGCACUGGCUGUGCAGGAGCAGGUGGUGGACGCCGCCCUCCUGCAGUGGCCUCUGCUCUUCUCCCGACUCUUUGAAGUCACCACGCUCUCGGGCCCCCGCCUUCCCAAGACCCAGCUGAUCUUGGCCGUGAACUGGAAGGGGAUGUACUUCCUGGACCAGAAGGAGAGGAUACUGAUGGAGCUGUCCUUCCCGGAGGUCAUGGGUCUGGUCGCCAAAAAGGAGGCCCCGGGGGGACAGAGACUGCUCCUGUGCACGCUACAAGAGGAAGAGUACGAGUUCGUGUCCCCCAGCAGCGUGGCCAUCGCCGAGCUGGUAGCCUUGUUCCUGGGGGGCCUGAAGGAGAGGUCCGUGUUUGCCAUGGCCCUGAAAGAAAGGAAAGCCACAGACGAUGUCACCCUCCUGGCCUUCAAAAAGGGCGACUUGCUGAUCCUGACCAAGAAGCAGGGGCUGCUGUGCUCUGAGAACUGGGUCCUGGCCCAGAAUGACAGGACCACCAAGACUGGGCUAGUGCCUACAAGUUGCCUCUACACCAUCCCCGUGGUCACCAAGCCCCCGGCCCAGCUGGUGAGCUUGCUGGCCAUGUCACCGGAGAAGCGGAAGCUGGCGGCCCAGGAGUGGAGGCCUUCGGAACCACAUCUGGAGGAGGAGCAGGCCAAGGAGACCUUGCCCACCCUGGAGGACUUCUCCUACGAGUUCUUUAGGGCACCAGAGAAAGAGACGGUCAGCAGAGCCAUGCUGCCCCUGGCCCGCACGCGGGGCCACCUGUGGGCCUACUCUGCCGAGCCUCUGCGGCAGCCACUGCUGAAGCGGGUGCACGACAAAGCCGACCUCCGGGACGCGGCCUGCCAAGUCUUCCUCGCCAUCCUCAAGUACACGGGGGACUACCCCUCCCGUCAGGGCUGGCACAGCCUGGAGCUCACAGACCAGAUCUUCUCUCUAGCCCUGCAGGACUUGGACCUGCAGGACGAAGCCUACUGUCAGAUCCUGAAGCAGCUCACACACAACCCCAACAGGUACAGUGAGGAGCGGGCCUGGCAGCUGCUGUGGCUUUGCACAGGUCUCUUCCCACCUGGCAAGUCACUGCUGCCCCAUGCCCAGAAGUUCAUAGACGCUCGAAGAAAGAAGUCGCUAGCUCUUGACUGUAGCCGCCGCCUCCAGAAGGUUCUAAGGACGGGGCCUCGGAAACAGCCCCCGCAUCAUGUAGAGGUGAAGACCGCCGAGCAGAACGUCUCACGAAUAUGCCACCAGGUCUACCUCCCCAAUGACACCAGCGAGGUGUUGGACGUGGGUAGCAACAGCCGGGUGCGAGAUGUGUGUGAGAGCAUCGCCACCAAGUUACAGCUGGCCUCGUGGGAGGGCUGCAGCCUCUUCAUCAAGAUCGCAGACAAGGUCAUCAGCCAGAAGGAAGGAGACUUCUUCUUCGACAGCUUGAGGCAGGUGUCUGACUGGGUGAAGAAGAACAAACCCCAGAAAGAAGGGGCCCCCGUGACACUCCCCUACCAGGUGUACUUCAUGCGGAAACUGUGGCUCAACGUCACCCCUGGGAAAGACGUGAAUGCCGACACCAUUCUCCACUACCACCAGGAGCUGCCCAAGUACCUGCGUGGCUUUCACAAGUGCUCCCGGGAGGAUGCCGUCCACCUGGCAGGCCUCAUCUACAAGGCCCAGUUUGACAAUGACCGGUCUCAGCUGGCUAGUGUCCCCAAGAUCCUGAAGGAACUGGUACCUGAGAAUCUCACACGCCUGAUGUCCUCAGAGGAAUGGAGAAAGAACCUCCUUUUGGAGUGUGAAAAACAUAAAAGUAUGACAGUGCAAGAAGCCAAGGUGGCCUUCCUGAAGUGGAUCUGCCGCUGGCCCACCUUUGGGUCUGCCUUCUUCGAGGUGAAGCAAACCUCGGAGCCCUCCUACCCAGACAUCAUCCUCAUCGCCAUCAACCGACACGGGGUGCUGUUCAUCCACCCCAAGACCAAGGAACUGCUGGUCACCUACCCCUUCACCAAGAUCUCGAGCUGGAGCAGCGGCAGCACCUACUUCCACAUGGCCCUGGGGAACCUAGGCAGAGGCAGUCGCUUGCUGUGCGAGACCUCUCUGGGCUACAAGAUGGACGACCUCCUGACCUCGUACGUGCAGCAGCUCCUGAGCGCCGUGAGCAAGCAGCGGGGCUCCCGGGCCCGGCCCUAGCCAGCUUCUAAGAGGGGCCCUUCAGCCUGCUCCUCCCCACGACCCCUCGGCGCCCAAUUCAGCGCAUCCUGGGUGCUGACUAGAGGCCAAAGAAGGUCUCACGACUCUCGGCUGCUAGUGGAUGGCUCCGGAAUACCCAAUAAAAAUCGACCCAACAGUA